AUGGGUUUAGCAGGAGAGCUAUUAGCACCGCUUGCGGAACAAUGGCGUGAUAUGGCCUGGAGUACAAUCGUUCUGUAUGGCAUGGUGCUCUUCCUCAUUCGGCUGCUCAUCGUGUCACUCUAUCGUCUCUAUUUUCAUCCGUUGGCCCGCUAUCCUGGUCCUUUGCUGUGUCGUAUCAGUAUCCUACCAAGCCUGUAUUAUGCCUGGACGGGAGACAGACAUUUGUUCGUCGACAAACUGCACGAGGCCUACGGCAAGGUUCUGCGGCUCGAGCCCAACCUGAUCUCAAUAUGUACUCCGAAUGCCAUCAAGACGGUCUAUGGCCCCGGGACGAAAUUCGAAAAGGGGAUGUUCUACUCUCGAGGGCCAAAGGAGAAGCAGCUUCUCGUGAACUUGGCAAGCACGACAGAUAAGCUCGUCCAUGCCCGAAAGCGACGGAUUAUCUCGCACGCAAUGAGCGAGGCAGCCAUCCGCUCCUAUGAGCCCACGAUCCUGGAAAAGACACGGUUGUUUUGCCAACAGGUUUCUGAUCCUGGAACCUUUGAGGGACCCUACAAGAAUAUGUCGCGGUGGUUCUCCUUCCUCACCUACGACAUCAUGGGCGAACUUACUUUCAGCCAAAGCUAUGACAUGUUAACCAAGCGCGACAACCACUUCAUUCAACCCCUGAUCGAUUCAUAUCAGCACAGCCAGGUGAUUCUUGGCACGGAGCCCAGAAUUGAUCAAUGGGGCCUGGCCCCCCUGCUCUUUCUUCGCAUCAUAUCUGCCAACCAGCGAUUCCGCAAAUACGUCGAUGACCAGGUGAACCGUCGUAUCGCGCUCGAGAAGUCGGGGAACGGGCCCGCCGAUAUCUUUAAACUCCUUCUGGAUCACAAGGACAAGGAGACGGGCGAGAGUAUGGGAUUCAAGGAGCUCUCCGACGAAGCGGUCGUCCUAAUCAUAGCCGCGAGCGAUACAACCGGUACGGCUCUUGCCGGACUGUUCUUCUACCUGGCCCGGUAUCCCGAAUGCUACGAAAAGUUGCAACAGGAGAUCCGGUCGCAGUUCGCCCAUGUCGACGAGAUUGUUGGCGGGCCGAAACUCCUCGCGUGCAAGUACAUGCGCGCCUGCGUCGACGAGGCCCUACGCAUGUCGCCGGGGGUUCCAGGGUUUCUGACUCGCGAGGCACCCGGGGGCGCUUCCAUCGACGGCCACUAUUUUGCGCCCCAGGUGCAAGUGGGAAUCCCCACCUGGACGAUGCAUCGCGAUCCAGACGUCUAUCCAGAGCCCCAGGUGUUCAAGCCACAGCGGUGGAUGGUCGACUCGGAGGAAGCGCUGCAACGGUUGCGCUCAGCCUACUAUCCCUUCAGCAUGGGGACCCGUGGCUGCAUUGGCAAGAAUAUGGCCUAUCACUCUAUCUACCUGACCGUUGCUCGACUGGCUUUCCUGUUUGAUAUCGAAUCCCGGGAUCCUCUGCCUCUGGAGUUCCAUGUCAAAGACCAUUUUGCGGCCGGCAAUAAGCAGGGUCCCUAUCUGAAAUUCACUCCAUCCUAUACGUCUGCCAACUACUGA